UAGAGAAUGGUUAUGUUUAGCAUUUCUCAACUUUCUGUGUGAAUAAAAAUCAAUAUUUUGUCGUGUGUCGAUGUCGAGCUCAAGAGAUUCGGUCGUAGAAUGUACCAAUUAUAGCAGUGAUAUUUAGGAGUUCAAAGUCAUAUAAGCAAUAGUAAAUAUAAUGGACGAAGCAAGCGUGCCUUUACAUUUGGAGCCGAUGCAGCCCAAAGACCUCUGCGAGAAGAGGCUGUGGAUCGGAAACUUGGAUACUAGGGUUAAUGAGUAUCAACUACUGAAAAUGGUCCGCGUGUACGGCUCAAUCGAGAAGUUCGACAUGCUGUUCCACCGCAGCGGGCCUGCGGCGGGGCAGUCGCGCGGGUUCGCGUUCGUCACGUAUCAGAGGAGACAGGACGCUGUGCUGGCCAUGAACUCGCUUAAUGGACAGCUGCUGGGCUGUAAGAAGAUCUGUGUUAAGUUCGCUAAGAACUCGGCGGUGAAACAAGAACGGCCUAAACCCGAACUAGGCAUACCAGCCCUCUCCGGAGCCAAGCCAGAACUGAAGCUAAGCAAGAAGACCGCCAUCCAAUCCAUCGAGGCCAAGCUCAAGAUGAUGGAGAACAUGAAAGCUGGCGACGACUUUGUUGUCAACAAACUAGCGGCCAACGAAGCGCCCAUCAUUAAGCAGUAUCAGACAAAGCAGCAUCAGCCGCAGAAGCCUAGCACGUCCUUUAGACGGAGGCAUCCUUAUCAUAGGAAAAGAUAAAUUAUGUUUAAAU